AUGAACGAAAACAUACCAUUGUCGGCAGAACUACCAUUGACACUACAAGCAAUAGAAUUUUUCAGAGAGCUGAAAAACGAAUUAUUAAACGGGCAGCACAAUCAGUUCGUCCGGGGGGAUAUGAUUUGUGUAGGAUGUUUCAAACGACAUGUCAUAGAGGCUAAUAGGAGAAUGACUAUGCCGUUUACACAACGUGUUUUAAAUCAAGCUAUGGUACCGUUAACUGAAUUUAUACACGCAGUAAUUGUUAACCCUAGGGCGGAUAGUUCAAUCUGUGUAGAAGUCGGAAUGCUUUUAGAGCAACUAAUCUCACGACGUAUAUUAUCCACGGACCAUAUAUUCGAAGAGUAAAACAUAAUAACAACAACACAGGAAAAUUAAAUAUAGUAGUAAUAUGUAACUAUAAUAAUAAUAAUAUGCAUAAAUUUAAUAUUUUAUAUAUAUAUUCUAGCUCUCAAAUCCGUAUUUUCAUAGUGGAUUUCGAAUUCACUAUGAUCAAUAGCACCGAAAUAUUAUUGGUAUCCGGCGCCAUCUCCAACAGUUUAGAAAAAUAUAAACCGAUGAAACUGGAGGGGAAUCCUCUUGUACUUACACAAGACGAUAAGUUAAGGAGGUUCCGGCG